CAAAGUUCAAGUUCAAAAUUUCAAGGUCAAAGGGUUCUUUUCCCGCUUUUUUUUUAAUAGGAGUAGUUUUGAUAUUUCGAGUUACCAUCUGAUACAGUCUUUUGUUUAGGGUAAAGGAAAUUAGAUGCUAAAUCGCAUCGUUAUGAACUAAAAACACAAUUCGUAAUUAUUAUAUAAAAAUAUUCUCUAUUCGAAUUUGUGAGUUCUACUUCAACAUGGUCAACUUGGGUGAUGUCUUUCCCAAUUUCAGCGCAAAGACAACAAUUGGAAAUAUCAAAUUUCACGAUUGGUUAGGAGACUCGUGGGGCAUUCUAUUCUCUCAUCCAGCAGACUUCACUCCUGUAUGUACAACAGAAAUAGGUAAACUUUUAAUGCUGUACCCAGAGUUUUCUCGAAGAAAUACCAAAGUUAUAGCAUUAUCCUGUGAUCCAGUUGAAAGCCAUUUGAAAUGGAGCAACGAUAUUAAAGUUUACAGUGGAUACUCGGGCGAUAAUUUUCCCGUUCCGAUUAUCGCAGAUGAAAAAAGAGAACUGGCCGCUGAAUUAGCAAUGAUUGACCCUGAUGAGAAGGACUCAAAGGGAAUUCCAUUAACUGCAAGGGCUGUUUUCAUUAUAGAUCCAAAUAAAAAACUGAGGCUCUCGAUUUUAUAUCCUGCCACUACAGGAAGAAAUUUUGAUGAGAUACUUCGAGUACUGGAUUCCCUUCAACUUUGCGACAAACAUAAAGUGGCUACUCCUGUAGAUUGGAAACCUGGUGAAGAUGUUAUGGUUCAACCAACAGUCUCAGACGAAGAUGUGAAAACUAUGUUUCCUGUUUUGACUAUUGUAGCUUUGCCAUCUGGAAAAGGAUAUAUUCGAAAAACUCCCCAACCCUAAUUAGCAUGUAGAUUAUUUAAUCAAAAUUCAUGUUGAAAUCAUGAAAUGAUUGUUCAAUGUUUUCUCAAUAUCACUUAUGAAAAAUAAAGUGUUUCUUAUA